AUGAAGCUCUCAAUACCAGCUGUCCUCGCUGGGGCAACAUCCCUUGUCGCUGCACUCUCUGCGGACGAGUGGUCAAAACAAAGCAUUUAUCAAGUUCUCACCGACCGGUUUGCGCGGACUGACGGAAGUGUCAGCGCGGCAUGUGAUGCUUCUCAAGCACAAUACUGCGGAGGAUCCUUCGUAGGACUUACCAAAAAGCUGGACUAUAUCCAGAAUAUGGGAUUUACGGCCGUUUGGAUAUCUCCCAUCGUUGCCAACAUUGAAGUGCCCGCUAACCAAGGCUUGGGCCAAGCAUACCAUGGUUUCUGGGCCCAGAAGAUUUGGUCUAUCAACGAUCGAUUUGGCACCGCGGCUGAGCUCAAGGCGUUGUCGAAGGCCCUUCAUGACAGAGGAAUGUACCUCAUUGUAGAUAUUGUCACCAACCACAUGGGCUACUAUGGGUGCGGUAACUGCGUCGACUACAGCAAAUACGAUGCUUUCCCAGAUUCUUCGUACUUCCAUAACUUCUGCUUGAUCGAUUACAGCGAUGAGUGGUCGACAAAUAUACAGACGUGUUGGGAAGGUGACAACACCGUCAGCCUCCCUGAUCUACGAACAGAGAAUGACAACGUUCGCGGCAUUUGGUUCAAUUGGAUCCAACAGAUCGUCUCCAAUUAUUCGAUCGACGGUCUACGAAUCGACAGCGCCAAACACAUUGAGAAGUCCUUCCACGCACCCUUCGAGAAGGCUGCCAGGGUCUAUACAAUUGGCGAGGUGCUGAACGGCGAUCCUGCUUUCACCUUUCCCUACCAACAGGAGAUGAGUGGUGUUCUGAACUACCCCAUGUACUACUGGCUUAAGAGGGCAUUUGGGAGUACGAGUGGUGACUUUACCGAGCUCGCCGCUGGUAUUGAAACGGUCAAGAAUGACGCUGUAAACUCAAGCCGCCUGGGGACCUUUAUGGAGAACCACGAUCAGGAUCGAUUCCCUUCGGUUACUAGCGACACGGCUCUCAACAAGAACGCCAUAGCCUUCACCUUUCUUCAAGAUGGAAUCCCUAUCGUUUUCCAAGGCCAGGAACAGUUUUACACUGGAAAUGACCAAACUGGCCGUGCUGCUGUGUGGCUAUCGGGGUUCAACACCGCUACGGAGUGGUACAUUCUCAUCGCGAGCCUUAACCAGCUCCGAAAUCAGGCAAUCUUCAAGGACAGCUCCUACAUCACUUACAAGGCCUGGCUCCCAUACACCGAUUCCUCGACCAUUGUGAUGCGGAAGGGCUUCGAUGGGAAUCAGAUCAUCUCCGUCUUGAGCAAGACGGGCGAUUCUGCUGCGGACAAGACGCUGUCUUUGAGCAACUCUGUGACUGGCUUUACUGCUAAUCAGGCUAUUUUUGAGAUUUUGACUUGCAAGGCCGUGAGUACCGACUCGAAUGGAAAUUUGAGCGUGACUAUUACCAAAGGGAGACCACUCAUUUUCUACCCAAAGAGCCAGAUAUCCGGAAGUGGUAUUUGCUCUCAGUAG